AUGAGACCACCGCAGUAUACCAAGAUGCCCCUCGAGGUGGCCGUCUUCUCAGGCGAGUCCCUCUUAAAGGCACAGAGCCAAGGAGCGGACCGUGUCGAGUUGAAUGCCCCCGGAUCGUAUGAUCUUGGAGGCACAACACCUCCAGUCUCGGAACUUGCCAAAGUCUCAGCAGAAGUUAAGAUACCUGUUCGAGUCAUGAUUCGCCCUCGAGGUGCACCAUGGGACAGAUCCCCCGACUUCAUCUACACCGAGAAAGAAGUUGCCGAAAUGGUCCGCUCGAUUCAGGAAUUCAAGGCUACGGGCCUUAUGAACCCGUUUCGUGGCGAUGGCUUCGUCUUCGGCCUCCUGCAGCCCACAGACGCCGUAGACCCGACCACGGGUGAACCGGAAGUUGUAAAGAUUGACGAGCAAUCUUGUCUCAAACUUCUCGAGGCUGCCAAGCCCUUUGGCUGCGUAUUUCAUCGAGCUUUUGACCCCAUCGCUGCUACUAAGCGUAUUAGCGAAGGUGUCCAAACGCUCAUAAACCUAGGAUUCGAGGGUCUUCUCACGGCAGGAGGCCGCGGCAACUGCAAGGACAACAUUGAUCGGAUCGACCACGAAUGCCACAAACAGGCUGGAAGAAUUCAAUUUGUCAUAGGCGGUGGGCUUAGAGCGGUCAACAUCCAUAACGUGGCAACCCAGUUUAGCACCUACGAGAAAGGGAGCGUUUGGCUUCACACCGCAGCUCUGAGUCCUCGGCCAGACUACCCUCGGGAGGAGAUUGACUCUAACGAACUCAUAAAAAUGCUAGCCAACUUGGAUUCGGUCUCGGUGCGCUAG